AUGUUCUUCGUUCAACCGCAACUCAUUCUUUGCUUUCCCCUCUACCUCCUCUUAGGAAUUAGGCCACUUCUUUGUGCUACAAACGAAGAUAACAGUCUCGAUUUAGAGCUAAGAUUAGCACCUCCUAGAACGGAUAAAUCGAGUAAAGAAGCAACACAGAUAGCUGAUCAAUCUCUGAAACAGCUACAAGGUCAUUUUCAAACGCUGGAUCGUGGAAUGAAACGUAAAGGGGGACGACCAAGAUUAGACUUAACAGAAGAAGAGAGGACAGAACGAAAGAAGAAACGAAUUCAAGUCAAAAAUCGAAAAUACAGGGAAAGUGUAAAUCAAAAUCCCGAACUUCGUGAAAAACACUUGAAAAGGAAAAGGGAACACCAAGCAAAAGCCAUUAAAAUACAAAUGCAAGAUCCUAAAAGAAGUGCAGAAAUUCGCGAAAGAAGAAGAAGAAAUAAAAGAGCAUACAUUGCAAGGAAGAAGCUUAAAAAGUUGAACGAGAAAUCAAACUUGCAAGAAUGA